GCUGACCGGCAGAGGAGGGCAGGUCCUGCGGGGGCGGAGCCCGCUGAGGUCGGGCGGAGGAGGAAGGCCAUGGCCAGCCCCGAAGAGCCGCUCGCUCCCCGCCCCCAAGCCCCCCUGCCCGAAGCCGGGGACCAGCCCCACUCCGGCCACGGCAAACUCCGCCCGGAGCCCCGGCGCAGCGCGGCCGGCGGGGGGAGCGCGGCGGGCCCGGGCCCAGCCCCCGAGCGGCCUGCCCGCGGCCGGGCCGAGCGCGCCGCGCCCUCGCGCCCGCCCCCCUCCUGCGCAGGCCGCGCCAGCCCGGCGGGGGGCCCCGGCGCCCAGACUGCGCGCGGCGGCAGCGGCGGCGGCGGCUGGGUCCCGGCCCGCGCUCUCUUCGCGCUCGCCUUCUCCUCCUCUGUCCCCUCCCCCUCUCCAUCUUCCUUUUACUUCUGGUCGCCGCCCCCACUGCCCCCUCCUUCCCUGGUCCCCUCCUCAUCUGCCUCCCACCUCCCCGUGCGGCUCCCAGGAAGGCAGGGCGCAGCGGCGGCAGCAGCUCGAGGCGGCGGCGGCGAUGCUGGCGGCAGCGGCGGAGGACAAGAGGCGGCUCCCGUGAGCGUCCCCCCCAGCACGAGUCCCCGCGGCGGCGGUGGCAGCGCCGGCGGGCGGCGGCGGCUCUUUCUCUCCCCUGCGCUCCUGGGUUGGCUGCUCCCAGCCCGCGCCGGGCCCCGGCCGCCGCCGCCGCCGCCCCGGCUGCCUCUGUGCCCAGCUGCCCGCCGCGCGGGCUCCUCCGGCUCUCCGGGCGCCGGCGUGGACGGUCCCGGCCCCGGUCUCGGCCCCAGCGCAGGAGGCGGCCGGACUUCGCGGCGGCCCGGAGGCGCCGGCUUCGCCCUAGCGGCUGCGGCCCGGCUGCUGUUCGGCUCCGACAUGGAAGAUGGACCUUCUACUAACACGAGCUGCUUCCGAAGGUUGACGGAGUGUUUCCUGAGCCCCAGUUUGACAGAUGAAAAAGUGAAGGCAUAUCUCUCUCUUCACCCCCAGGUAUUAGAUGAAUUUGUUUCUGAGAGUGUUAGUGCGGAGACGGUAGAAAAAUGGCUGAAGAGGAAGAACAACAAGCCCGAAGACGAGACGGCGCCUAAGGAAGUCAGCAGGUACCAAGAUACGAAUAUGCAGGGCGUCGUGUACGAGCUGAACAGCUACAUCGAGCAGCGGCUGGACACGGGCGGGGACAACCAGCUGCUGCUGUACGAGCUCAGCAGCGUCAUCAAGAUAGCCACCAAAGCUGAUGGAUUCACACUGUAUUUCCUUGGCGAGUGCAAUAAUAGCCUGUGCGUGUUCACGCCGCCCGGGAUCAAGGAGGGUCGGCCCCGGCUCGUCCCGGCGGGGCCCAUCGCCCAGGGCACCACCACCUCCGCCUACGUGGCCAAGUCCCGGAAAACGCUGCUCGUGGAGGACAUCCUCGGGGACGAGCGCUUCCCCAGAGGCACGGGGCUGGAGUCGGGGACGCGGAUCCAGUCGGUCCUCUGCCUGCCCAUCGUCACGGCCAUCGGCGACCUCGUCGGCAUCCUGGAGCUGCACCGGCACUGGGGCAAGGAGGCCUUCUGCCUGAGCCACCAGGAGGUCGCAACGGCCAACCUCGCCUGGGCUUCCGUGGCCAUCCACCAGGUGCAGGUGUGCAGGGGGCUGGCCAAGCAGACGGAGCUCAACGACUUCCUGCUGGACGUCUCCAAGACGUACUUCGAUAACAUCGUCGCGAUAGACUCUCUACUUGAACACAUCAUGAUAUAUGCAAAAAACCUGGUGAAUGCAGACCGCUGUGCACUUUUCCAGGUGGACCAUAAGAACAAGGAGCUGUACUCGGACCUCUUUGAUAUUGGGGAGGAGAAGGAAGGAAAGCCCGUGUUCAAGAAGACCAAAGAGAUCAGGUUCUCCAUCGAGAAGGGCAUCGCUGGGCAGGUGGCGAGGACGGGGGAAGUGCUGAACAUCCCGGACGCCUACGCGGACCCGCGCUUCAACAGAGAGGUGGACCUGUACACGGGCUACACCACUCGCAACAUCCUGUGCAUGCCCAUCGUGAGCCGCGGCAGCGUGAUCGGCGUGGUGCAGAUGGUGAACAAGGUCAGCGGCAGUGCCUUCUCCAAAACGGACGAGAACAACUUCAAGAUGUUUGCCGUCUUCUGCGCUCUGGCCUUACACUGUGCCAACAUGUACCACCGGAUCCGGCACUCGGAGUGCAUCUACCGGGUCACCAUGGAGAAGCUGUCCUACCACAGCAUCUGCACCUCGGAGGAGUGGCAGGGCCUCAUGCGCUUCUCGCUGCCUGGACGGCUCUGCAAGGAGAUCGAGCUGUUCCACUUCGACAUCGGUCCCUUUGAAAACAUGUGGCCCGGCAUCUUUGUCUACAUGAUCCACCGCUCCUGUGGGACAUCCUGCUUCGAGCUGGAAAAGCUGUGUCGCUUCAUCAUGUCCGUGAAGAAGAACUACCGGCGCGUCCCGUACCACAACUGGAAGCACGCGGUGACCGUGGCGCACUGCAUGUACGCCAUCCUCCAGAACAACGGCGGGCUCUUCACCGACCUGGAGCGCAAAGGGCUGCUGAUCGCGUGCCUGUGCCACGACCUGGACCACAGGGGCUUCAGCAACAGCUACCUGCAGAAGUUCGACCACCCGCUGGCCGCCCUCUACUCCACGUCCACCAUGGAGCAGCACCACUUCUCCCAGACGGUGUCCAUCCUGCAGCUGGAAGGGCACAACAUCUUCUCCACGCUGAGCUCCAGUGAGUACGAGCAGGUGCUGGAGAUCAUCCGCAAAGCCAUCAUCGCCACCGACCUGGCGCUCUACUUCGGGAACCGGAAGCAGCUGGAGGAGAUGUACCAGACCGGGUCGCUGAACCUGAACAACCAGGCCCACAGGGACCGUGUCAUCGGCUUGAUGAUGACCGCCUGCGACCUUUGUUCUGUGACCAAGCUGUGGCCAGUUACAAAGUUGACGGCAAACGACAUAUACGCGGAGUUCUGGGCUGAGGGCGACGAGAUGAAGAAGCUGGGGAUCCAGCCCAUCCCUAUGAUGGACAGGGACAAGAGGAACGAGGUCCCCCAGGGCCAGCUCGGCUUCUACAACGCGGUGGCCAUCCCCUGCUACACCACCCUCAUGCGGAUCUUCCCGCCCACGGAGCCCCUGCUGCGAGCCUGCAGGGACAACCUCAGCCAGUGGGAGAAGGUGAUCCGCGGGGAGGAGAGCGCGGUGUGGGUGACCUCCCAGCCGGCGGCCCCCGGCCCCUCGGAGACGCUGCCCGUCCAGACCGACGACUGAUGCCCGAGCCGCGCUGCCUGCAGAUGCUCGUCCCGCUGCUUUGACUUUUCUGACUUUUAUUUUUGUGGGGGAACCUACACCCGGAAACGGGGAUGCCAGCCUCGCCCAGAAGGUCACGCCGAGGAGACCCGCCCCGCAGACGACUCCCCGAAAGAACGUCUCGUCGGUGUCGCAUCCCAGACGGUGGCCAGGCAGGACCCCCGGGGGCCGGGAAGCUGCAUCCGGGGGGCUGCGCCAGCCUCACAAGCCGGCCCUUUCCAGCGGGCUGACACUGCCCGGGCCUCGGGGGGGCGGCCGGACAGAAGGAAGGCGGCCCGGGGUCCUGCCCACUGCGUCUCUCUAGGGAGGGUGUAAAAUGGUACUAUGACGACGCUGUGCUUUGGCUUCAGCACCGGUGUUGCUUCGAUGUUGUCGGUUAUAAAUAGGGGUUUCUACACAUCACUGUCGUGGACGAGCCUGUGUGGUCUGCUUGUGCGUGGCGUGAGUGGCAGCAGGUGGCCGGCCUCGGGAUGGGCGUUGACGCGGCUGCGGCCCGGGAGGCUCUUUCUGCAGCCUGCGGUGGGGGCCGGGCUCCUGCUCCCGAGCCGGGCAGACCAGACGUCUGCCCCGGGCCCUCCGUGUGUACGCAGGGGCUCAGGUGGACGGGAGAAACCCCGGGGGCGGGCCGCAGGCUUCCCGGCUUGCGCACGCUGGUCGCCUGCAGAAGUCCCGGUGUCGGUUCACAGGAUGUCAGAGAAUAUUUUUAAAAAAAUCUUUCCUUGCAGUCUUGGCGCAUUCACUAGUCAUUUUGCAUAAAGAACAAAAUUAAAGCAAGGCAUAUGAUUUUUUUUUAACGGACAAGUCUUACAGAUAAAAACGAUGUGAAUUU